GUGCACAAAGACAGCGGCUCGCAGAGGAACUUGUUCAGAGUGAACCGGGGACGCUGGGAGGCGAAAUAAACAAUCUCCGGACUCCAAGUAGCCACAGCAGCUCAGUUUUUCCCCUCUUCAAGCACACAAAUCACCCAUCGAUUCAACAAAUACAAGGUUACAGGUGUGCUGGUAGUGAACGUGCAGGAGGCCAGUCUUGGCAACAUGGUGAAGGCCCAGAAGUCAUCUGGGAGGAAGAGUUCUCUCUGUCAACGCAGACAGAGUGGUGGUGAGGCGGAGAUGGAGGAAGACCAGCUCAACAUAGAUGCCCAGCAACCAUCUCAGGAGCAGCCCAAAGAAGGGGAACAAGCCCAUGAUGAAACUCAACUGGAGACCUCUGCUUUGAUUGAGGCUCCGUCGGAGAACUUGGACCAGAAGGAAACCACGAUGGACAUCCAGGAAAAGGACGACUCUCCUACCCAGCUCCAGGCAAAACCACUGUGGAAGCCCAUUCCUCCUCUGAUGCCCGAGCCCCACAGCGGUAACAGCCCCCGGACCAGGGACCAAAGCUGUCAGACUGAGGACAACAGUCAUAACACAGGUCUCUGUGUGGAGCCAGGAGACCCUCCUCUGCUCCAGCAGCCACUGCAGACCUCCAAGUCCGGUAUUCAGCAGAUAAUAGAAUGCUUCCGUUCAGGCACCAGCCAGCUGAGACACAUGCUGCUGAGGGAGGUGGACACCAUCUUUGAGUGUAAACUGUGUCGCAGUCUGUUCAGAGGUCUGCCCAACCUCAUCACACAUAAAGAGUACUACUGCCUGUCACGGCUGCCCGAACCCGACGGUGAUGACCGACAGAGUGUAGCUAUGAAGGACUUACUGGAGGCCAUAUAUCCCAGAGCUGAACGGCCAGACUACGUUGUCCGACUGGAGCCCAUUCAGACCACUACCAAGGCUGUGUUCCAGUACCUCACCACCGAGGAGGAGCUGGCUAGAUAUCCAUCACACAACCCCAGUGCCAGGGAGAGUCCAGUGGCUUGGGAAGGAGAACAAGUGGAGGGUGUAGACAGCAACAAGCCGAGCCAGCAGGGAGGGCCAGAGAGCCCAGGGCUCAAUCAUGCACAGAGGAGAUGGGAGGCUGAGGAGGAGAAUAAAGAGGAGCAGCCGCAGCAUGAAGAUGAAGAAUCCACUAGUGGGGUUGAAGAUGUGACAAUCUCCUGUUGCCUGUGCGGUCAGGACUUUAACUCUCGCCGCAGCAUCAGGCGCCACUGUCGAAAGAUGCACCAGACCAAACUGGAAGAGCUCCGAAAGUUCACAGAGACACGUACAGUUCCCACAAGCCUACUCUCUAUGGUUAAAGGUCGACAGAGGACUCUCAGCACACCGACUGGAAAAUCCUGCCCGGUGUGUCUCAAAACCUUUGCAACUAAAGCCAACGUGCGUCGUCAUUUCGAUGAGGUGCAUCGCGGCAUGAGGAGGGACACCAUCUCACCCGGCUUCGCCUCUCGGCCCGGCCAGCCCUUCAAUCUGGAGUCCACACCCCCCAGGAAGAGCAACAACUCCUCUCCAACCCGUGGACAAAGCUCAAAGUCCACCCCUGUGAGCUCAAAGACGCCGCCUUCAAACCCGAACCAGUCCAAACCUCAGAGUCCCGCCCCGGCCUCUCCACAGACGACCCCUGCUUCAUGCCGCUGCACUCUCUGCAAGAGGAACUACAGCUCCCAGCUCAUGUUGAAGAGACACAUGCGUAUCGUCCACAAAAUAUACAGCAUCAAAAGUAACAAGAACGCCACUACGCCAACUCCCUCCACUCCUGCAGCCACUCCCAACAGCAGCAGCACUACCACAGCACCAAGCAACAACGUCCGAGUGAAGGAGGAAGCAGUGGAACCUUCAGAGGGAGACGAUGAUGAUGAAGAGGAGGAAAUUGAGAGCAGCCCAGCGCCCUCUCCUAGCGGCAGCACUGGAACAGCUAAAGGUGUUCCUGUGGCACACAAAGCCCUGAAGGUAAAGGAGGAAGAGGCUCCGCCCAGCCCAAAGAUGCCGCCGUCCUCAUCUUCCUCAACGUCCCGCGGUGCAAACGUGUGCAGCGCUGUGGUGCCCGCCAAAAUGACCAAACUUUCGGUGGGCUUUGAUUUCAAGCAGCUCUUCUGUAAACUGUGCAAGCGGCAGUUUAGCUCCCGCCAGAAUUUAACGAAGCACAUUGAGCUGCACACGGACGGCAACGACAUCUUCAUCAAGUUCUACCGCUGCCCUCUCUGUCGCUAUGAGUCGCGCCGCAAACGCGACGUCCUUCGCCAUGUAACUGUGGUUCAUAAGAAGUCAUCCGCAUACCUGGCCAAGAUCAUGCCCAAACUGGAAAGCCGGGCCGUGAAGAGGCUCGCCGAGGUCGUCCUCAACAGCCCGAACCCUAGCAAGAGGACGGGCAGCAGCAUCAAAGAAGAAGUGAACGGACGCCAUGUUUCUUCUUCAUCCUCUUCCUCCUCUCCCUCACCCCCGGUCACUCGCAAGCAGGAGUGCACCACAGCGCCUUCAGCCACCACUUCAACUUCCUCCUCCUCCUCUUCCUCUGCCCCGCCUCCGCCUCCGCCUCCGCCUCCCCCCAUCACUCGCAAACAGCAGGACCUUUCAUCGCCUGCGUUGACCCCGUCCCCUCCUGUCACCCGCAAGCAGGAGAGACAGCAGACCCACCAGCAGCAUCGGCCCAUCAGCCCCCCACUGACCCGUCGCAGCGACAAACACACACAUCAGCGCAACUCCUCCUCUGGCAAUCAAACCCCACACACCCGACGACAGGACACCCAAUCAGAGAGCAGCGGUACAGGGUCCACUGAGGUCAGAGUGACCAGGAACUUCUCGCUCCACGCCUGCGAUCAGUGUGGACGAGCCUUCGCCAAGAAGAGGUACCUGGAGUCUCACAAGCGUAGUCAUCGUAACGCAGCGACAGCAGCAGCAAACAGGAGGAAAGGAGUCAGCACCCGCUCCAAAUCUCUGGUCUGGUGAGACACACAACACUUCUGCCGGUGAUAAUGAAGGGGACAGACACCUAUGAAGAAGAAGCCGUAUGAAGUUUCGAUUUAGAAAAACAAUGGUCGAGUGGAACGAGCUCAGAGCAGAGA